UGCCUGAGCACAAACACAUCCACUCCUCUGACUAAAUCUCACUGAAGGCAAUAGGGAAGUGACAAAAACUAAAUAGUUUACCGGAAUGUAGGCCAAGAGUUGGACUUUUUCCACUAAGAUGUUCUCAUUUUUGCGGUCAGUUAAAAACCCUGCUCCUGAGAACAUCCACAUCUCGUCACUACCCCCCAGCGUUCCCACAGAUCAGGAACCGGAACAGAAUCGAGGACAUGAAGCAGAUACGGUGGAGGAGAAACCAGUGAUCCAGACCACACACACACAUAGAUUUGCUUCAUCAUCCUCUGUGUUUCUUCAGAGACAAAAUGAACCUGUUGCAACCACAUACUUUGACCAGAGGAUCCCUAUUCCUGAGCAGGAGAGUGAGGGCUGGUUUAGUUUCCGUAAGCUGUGGGCCUUCACCGGGCCUGGGUUUCUGAUGAGUAUCGCCUACCUGGACCCAGGAAACAUCGAGUCUGAUUUGCAGUCUGGAGCUAAAGCUGGAUUCAAGCUCCUAUGGGUGCUGCUGGGUGCCACUAUCAUCGGUCUGCUGCUGCAGCGUCUGGCGGCUCGUCUGGGCGUGGUCACUGGGAUGCACCUGGCUGAAGUCUGCAACCGUCAGUACCACACUGUGCCUCGAAUCAUCCUGUGGUUGAUGGUGGAGCUGGCGAUCAUCGGUUCAGACAUGCAGGAGGUCAUUGGCUGUGCAAUUGCAUUCAACCUCCUCUCCUCUGGCAGGAUACCCUUAUGGGGCGGUGUUCUCAUCACCAUCAUUGACACAUUUGUUUUUCUCUUCUUAGACAAGUAUGGUCUGAGGAAGCUGGAAGCGUUUUUUGGCUUUCUCAUCACUAUCAUGGCCAUUACCUUUGGAUACGAGUAUGUGACAGUGGGUCCAGACCAAGGUGACCUGCUGAAAGGGAUGUUUAUUCCAUACUGCGAGGGCUGUGGAUCUCCUCAGCUGCUGCAGGCAGUGGGCAUCGUGGGUGCCGUCAUCAUGCCUCACAAUAUUUACCUCCACUCAGCCCUCGUCAAGUCUCGUGAAGUUGAUCGAUCAAACAAGAGGGAAGUAAAAGACGCCAACAAGUAUUUCUUCAUUGAGUCAGCCAUCGCACUGUUUGUCUCCUUCCUCAUUAAUGUGUUUGUCGUGACUGUUUUUGCUGAGGCUUUUUAUGAAAAAACAAACAUAGAGGUGUACAGUGUGUGCAAUGAAUCAGGCAGUCCACAUUCACACCUCUUUCCACUGAACAAUGAAACUCUAGAGGUGGACAUCUACAGAGGGGGAGUGGUGUUGGGGUGUUUCUUUGGCCCGGCGGCACUCUACAUCUGGGCUGUGGGAAUCCUUGCAGCUGGUCAGAGCUCCACCAUGACUGGAACGUACUCAGGCCAGUUUGUCAUGGAGGGUUUCUUGAAUCUGCACUGGUCACGCUUUGCUCGAGUGUUGUUGACGCGUUCACUCGCCAUCACUCCGACGCUGCUGGUGGCCAUCUUCAAAGAUGUGCAUCACCUGACAGGCAUGAACGACUUCCUGAAUGUGCUGCAGAGCAUGCAGCUGCCAUUUGCCCUCAUUCCAAUUCUCACUUUCACCAGUUUACCGUCACUCAUGAAUGACUUUACCAACGGAUUAGUAUUCAAAGUUGGAGGAGGACUGGUGAUAUUACUUGUGUGCUGCAUCAACAUGUACUUUGUCAUUGUAUAUGUGACUAAACUCAACAGUGUGUGGCUGUAUGUGGUGGGGGCGUUCUUCAGUAUAGGAUACCUAUCGUUCGUGGGAUAUUUGACAUGGUUAUGCCUGAUAGCUCUGGGAGUGUCCUGGCUGGAUCCGACCUCCAGGAGCGCGAAUGACUCAACCAUCCUGAUUGAGCAGCAGCCAGAGUUUGACUCCUGAAUGUGUCAAAGUACAGACAUUCAUUUCAGUGAUGUGACCUGACUGACCUUUAGAACUUAAUAGUGUAUUUAAACUUAAUAAGUGAUUCUUAAACUUUCAGAUGAAUAUGGUGCUCCAGAUGUUUUGCAAAAUGUCUGUUAUGUAUAUUACCAUAAUGUGCCUUAUAUGUAGUUGAUAUUUUAUAUUUGAUGAUCAAGACUUUUAGCAUCUCAUAUUUGUAUAAUUGUCUUUAUCUGUUGUCAGAUUCCAAUUGCUGCUCAUAAAAAAUGAAGAUAUCUUUUGACAUACAAAUU